UUUCAUGUUCAUGUUCAUUUCACACUCACUCGCUUACUCACUCUCAGUCUCACACACUCUCUCUCAUUUCAUUUCUCUCCGGAAAACCUUUCCCCUUCGAAACCCUCUUUCUCUCUCGCUCUUUGUUGUUUCGAUCGGUUUCGCGCAACGAGGUUCUUUGCAUUUUCUAGGGUUUUGCGAGCUGAGCGAGACGUUUGAAUUGAACAGCUUUUGUUUCGCUCCUGAGGUAGAAUCAGGCACUGUAAUUGACCACGAAAGUAAUGGAGGAUAAUCCCCCUUCAAGUGUUUUAGAUGGGACCGUUGUUGGGAUCAAAUUUGGUAUGGCUACACGCCAGGAAAUUUGUACAGCAUCCAUUAGUGACUCUUCAAUUAGUCAUGCUAGUCAGCUGUCAAAUCCAUUCCUUGGGCUGCCCCUUGAGUUUGGCAGAUGUGAAUCUUGUGGUACUUCUGAAGUUGGAAAAUGCGAAGGUCACUUCGGAUAUAUUGAGUUGCCAAUUCCAAUAUAUCACCCAAGUCAUAUCAGUGACUUGAAACGGAUGCUGAGCAUGGUCUGCUUAAACUGCCUAAAAUUAAGGAAAACCAAGCUUCCAGCUUCAAGCAGUGGUUUAGCCCAGAGAUUAAUAUCUCCUUGUUGUCAGGAGGAUAAGGCUGCUCUAGUUUCUAUUCGGGAAGUUAAAACAAGUGAUGGGGCUUGUUAUCUGGCGUUGAAAGUAUCCAAAUCCAAGAUGCAAAAUGGUUUUUGGAGUUUCUUAGAAAAAUAUGGUUAUCGCUAUGGGGGUGAUCACACUCGAGCCUUGCUUCCUUGUGAGGCAAUGGAAAUUAUUAAGAGAAUUCCGAUAGAGACAAAAAAAAAGCUUGCUGGAAAAGGAUAUUUUCCUCAAGAUGGAUAUGUUUUGAAGUAUCUUCCGGUGCCACCAAAUUGCUUGUCUGUGCCAGAAGUUUCAGACGGUGUCAGUGUCAUGUCGUCGGAUCCUUCCAUAACAAUUCUCAGAAAAUUGCUCAGGAAGGUUGAAAUCAUAAAAAGCUCUAGAUCUGGUGAACCAAAUUUCGAGUCUCAUCACGUAGAAGCAAAUGAUUUGCAGUCUGUGGUUGAUCAAUAUUUUCAAAUUAGAGGAACUUCUAAGCCAGCACGUGAUAUAGAGACACAUUUUGGGGUCAAUAAAGAGCUUACUGCAUCCUCAACAAAAGCAUGGCUUGAGAAAAUGAGGACAUUAUUUAUAAGAAAGGGUUCAGGUUUUUCUUCCCGGAAUGUAAUUACUGGAGAUUGUUAUAAGAGGAUAAAUGAAGUAGGAAUUCCGGUUGAAGUUGCCCAACGGAUAACGUUUGAGGAGAGAGUUAACAUCCACAACAUCAGAUAUUUACAGAAGUUGGUUGAUGAACAUUUGUGCCUGACCUACAAGGAAGGUGGGUCAACUUAUUCACUCAGGGAGGGCUCAAAGGGGCACAUAUAUCUCAAGCCUGGUCAGAUAGUGCAUCGGAGGAUUAUGGAUGGGGAUAUUGUCUUCAUCAACAGACCACCUACAACACACAAGCACUCCUUACAAGCCCUUUAUGUUUACAUCCAUGAAGACCACACUGUGAAGAUAAAUCCUUUAAUUUGUGGACCACUUGGGGCUGAUUUUGAUGGUGACUGUGUCCAUCUGUUUUAUCCGCAAUCACUUGCUGCUAAAGCUGAAGUUGUGGAGCUAUUUUCUGUGGAGAAUCAACUGCUCAGCUCUCACAGUGGUAAUUUGAACCUACAGUUAUCCACAGACUCGUUGUUGUCACUGAAGAUGUUGGUCAAGAGAUGUUUUUUUGAUAGAGCAGCAGCUAAUCAAUUGGCGAUGUUUAUUUUGCUUCCUUUGCCUCGGCCUGCUUUGCUCAAGGCCAGUUCUGGUGAUGCUUGUUGGACUUCCAUCCAAAUUUUACAGUGUGCUUUACCUUUGGGUUUUGAUUGCACUGGGGGACGGUAUUUGAUUAGGCAGAGUGAGAUCUUAGAAUUUGAAUUCAGCAGGGAUGUUCUGCCUGCAACCGUAAAUGAAAUAGCAGCUUCAAUUUUCUUUGGCAAGGGUCCCAAGGAGGCACUUAAUUUCUUUGAUGUAUUGCAACCCUUUUUGAUGGAAAGCUUAUUUGCGGAAGGGUUUAGUGUUAGCCUGGAAGAGUUUUCAAUAUCCAGGGCAAUUAAAAGGAUAAUAAGAAAAAGCAUUGGAAAAGUUUCUUCUCUGCUGUAUCAGCUGAGGUCCUUGUACAAUGAGCUGGUGGCGCAGCAACUGGAGAAGCACAUUCGAGAUGUUGAACUUCCUAUCAUUAAUUUUGCUCUAAAGUCAACUAAAUUAGGAGAUUUAAUUGAUUCGAAGAGUAAAUCUGCUAUUGAUAAGGUUGUUCAGCAGAUUGGGUUUUUAGGGCAGCAACUUUUUGAUAGGGGAAGAUUCUACUCAAAGGGAUUGGUAGAUGAUGUGGCAUCACAUUUUCAUGCAAAGUGUUGUUAUGACGGGGAUGGUUAUCCCUCUGCUGAGUAUGGACUGCUCAAAGGGUGUUUUUUUAAUGGUUUGGAUCCAUACGAAGAGAUGGUGCAUUCGAUUUCAACAAGGGAAAUAAUGGUGCGUUCUUCGAGAGGAUUAUCUGAACCAGGAACACUCUUUAAGAAUUUGAUGGCCAUCCUUCGGGAUGUUGUUAUCUGUUAUGAUGGAACUGUCAGAAACAUUUGUAGUAAUUCCAUCAUCCAGUUUGAAUACGGGAUACAAGCUGGAGACAAAAGUGAGCACUUAUUCCCUGCUGGUGAGCCUGUAGGUGUGUUGGCUGCAACUGCUAUGUCAAAUCCUGCUUACAAGGCUGUCCUUGAUGCUAGUCCUAGUAGCAACUCUUCAUGGGAGUUGAUGAAGGAAAUAUUACUCUGCAAGGUUAAUUUUAGGAAUGAACUUGUUGAUAGGCGUGUCAUUUUGUACUUGAAUGACUGUGAUUGUGGAGGGAGUUAUUGCCGAGAAAAUGCAGCAUAUUCAGUUAAAGAUCAAUUGAGAAAAGUCAGUCUCAAGGAUGCAGCUGUGGAGUUCAUUAUUGAAUACCAACAACAGCGAACUCAAAAGGAAAAUUCUGAAACUGAUGUUGGACUUGUUGGUCAUAUUUAUUUGGAUGAGAUGAUGUUAGAGGAGCUGAAGAUCAGCAUGGCCUAUGUUUUCGACAAAUGCCAUGAAAGACUCAAGUCUUUUAGUCAGAAAAAGAAAGUUAAUCAAUCUUUGAAGAACAUUGAAUUAUCAUUUAGUGAGUCUUGCUCAUCUUCACAUCCUGCUGCACCAUGUUUAACAUUUUGGCUAAAGAAUUAUGAUAGUGAUUUGGAUAAUGCUGUAAAGGUCCUGGCUGAAAAGAUCUGCCCUGUUCUGUUUAAAACAAUAAUCCAAGGAGACCCGCGCAUUAGCUCUGCGAGUAUAAUCUGGGUUAGUCCAGAUACAAACACAUGGGUCCGAAACCCUUAUAAAUCUUCUAAUGGUGAAUUGGCACUUGACAUCAUUCUCGAGAAGGAAGCUGUCAAGCAGAGUGGCGAUGCUUGGAGAGUUGUACUUGAUGCCUGCCUUCCUGUUCUUCACUUGAUUGAUACCAGGCGUUCCAUCCCUUACGCUAUUAAGCAGAUUCAGGAAUUACUGGGGAUAUCAUGUACUUUUGAUCAAGCGAUUCAGCGUGUUGCAGCAUCUGUGAAAAUGGUGGCGAAAGGUGUACUUAGGGAGCAUCUAAUUCUGUUAGCUAGUAGUAUGACUUGUGGUGGGAACUUGGUUGGCUUUAAUAUAGGUGGAUAUAAAGCUCUGUCUCGUCAAUUAAAUAUACAAGUACCAUUCACAGAUGCAACACUCUUUACACCUAAAAAGUGUUUUGAGAGAGCUGCUGAGAAAUGCCAUACUGAUUCUCUGUCAAGCAUAGUUGCCUCCUGUUCCUGGGGUAAACAUGUGGCAGUUGGUACAGGAUCAAAAUUUGAUGUUGUUUGGGAUGCAAAUGAGAUAAAAUCAAAUGAAAUUGAAGGGAUGGAUGUUUACAGUUUUCUUCACAUGGUGAAAAGCUUUACCAAUGGCGAAGAAGAAACCGAUGCUUGUUUGGGUGAAGAUAUUGAUGAUUUGCUGGAAGAAGAAUAUAUGGACUUGGGCAUGUCCCCACAACAUAACUCUGGUUUUGAAGCUGUCUUUGAAGAGAAUCCUGAAGUACUGAAUGGUUCAACAUCCAAUGGUUGGGAUGUAAGUUCAAAUCAGGGUGAAUCAAAAACCAAUGAGUGGUCAGGUUGGGCAAGUAGUAACAAAGCUGAAAUAAAAGAUGGUAGAUCUGAAAUUGCCCCCAAGAAUUCUUGGGGGAAAACUGUCAACCAAGAAGACUCUUCCAAGUCUAACCCUUGGAGUACAAGCACCAUAGCAGAUCAGACAAAAACUAAAUCUAAUGAAUGGUCUGCCUGGGGAAGUAACAAGUCUGAAAUACCAGUUGGUUGGGCAAGUAGUAACAAAACUGAAAUAAAAGAUGGUAGAUCUGAAACUGCCCAAGAGAAUUCUUGGGGGAAAACUGUCAACCAAGAAGACUCUUCCAAGUCUAAUGCUUGGAAUACAAGCACCACAGUAGAUCAUGCAAACACUAAAUCUAAUGAAUGGUCUGCCUGGGGAAGUAACCAGUCUGAAAUACCAGCUGGUGGAUCUAAAGCAGUUCAAGAAGAUUCUUGGGGCUCAAGUAAGUGGAAGGCUGAUGUUGCCCAAGAAGACAAUUCCAGGCUUGGUGCUUGGGAUGCAAAUGCAGCAGAUCAGACAAAAUCUAGUGAAUGGUCGGGUUGGGGAAAGAAGAAAGAUGUUACCCAAGAAGACAAUUCCAGGCUUGGUGCUUGGGAUGCAAAUGCAGCAGAUCAGACAAAAUCUAGUGACUGGUCGGGUUGGGGAAAGAAGAAAGAUAUUACCCAAGAAGACAAUUCCAGGCUUGGUGCUUGGGAUGCAAAUGCAGCAGAUCAGACAAAAUCUAGUGAAUGGUCGGGUUGGGGAAAGAAGAAAGAUGUUACCCAAGAAGACAAUUCCAGGCUUGGUGCUUGGGAUGCAAAUACAGCAGAUCAGACAAAAUCUAAUGAAUGGUCAGGUUGGGGAAAGAAGAAAGAAGUUACCCAAGAAGACAAUUCCAGGCUUGGUGCUUGGGAUGCAAAUGCAGCAGAUCAGACAAAAUCUAAUGAAUGGUCAGGUUGGGGAAAGAAGAAAGAUGUUACCCAAGAAGACAAUUCCAGGUUUGGUGCUUGGGAUGCAAAUGCAGAAGAUCAGACAAAAUCUAAUGAAUGGUCAGGUUGGGGAAAGAAGAAAGAUGUUACCCAAGAAGACAAUUCCAGGCUUGGUGCUUGGGAUGCAAAUGCAGCAGAUCAGACAAAAUCUAAUGAAUGGUCAGACUGGGGAAAGAAGAAAGAAGUUACCCAAGAAGACAAUGUCCAAGAUUCUUGGGGCUCCGGUAAGAGGAAAGACAAAGUUACCCAAGAAGACAAUUCUGGGUCUGGUGGUUGGGGUGCCAACAGAACAGAUCUGGCAAAAUCCAAAUCUAGUGAAUGGUCCAGCUGGGGAAAGAACAAGUCUGAAAUACCAGCUGGUGGAUCUGAAAAUGUGCAGAAUGACUCAUGGGGCUCGGGUAAAUUGGAAGAUGAUACCCAAAAAGAAAAUUCUGGGUCUGCAUGGGUGAGAAAUAAAGCUGAAACAAUAGAUGGUGGGUCAGAAAAGCCCCAAGAGGAUGCUUGGAAUUCUGGUAAUUGGAAAGCUGAAUCAAAAGUCGGCAAUGCCUCUUGGGGAAAACCCAAAUCCUCAGAAAGUCAAGCAUGGGAUUCCCAUAAUCAGUCAAAUCAAAAUUCAAGUUCACAGGGAUGGGAAUCACAUAUUGCUUCAGCUAAUUCAGAAAGUGAAAAAGGUUUUCAGUGGGGAAAGCAAGGUAGAGACUCGUUUAAGAAAAAUCGAUUUGAAGGUUCGCAAGGCCGGGGUUCAAAUGCUGGUGACUGGAAAAAUAGGAAUCGCCCACCUAGAGCACCUGGACAGAGAUUGGACAUUUAUUCAUCUGGUGAGCAGGAUGUUCUGAAGGAUAUUGAACCCAUUAUGCAGUCUAUCAGACGAAUCAUGCAACAACAGGGGUACAAUGAUGGGGACCCACUGGCUGCUGAAGAUCAACUUUUUGUACUGGAGAAUGUCUUUGAGCACCACCCAGAUAAAGAAACCAAAAUGGGCACUGGAAUUGAUUAUGUCAUGGUUAACAAACACAGUAGUUUCCAGGAAAGUAGAUGCUUUUAUGUGGUUUGUAAAGAUGGUGAAAGCAAGGACUUUUCCUACCGGAAGUGUUUGGCCAACUAUAUAAGCAAGAAGUAUCCUGACCUUGCUGAAUCAUUCCUUGGAAAAUAUUUUCGGAAACCUCGUGCACGGGGGGACCAGACUGCAACACCAGGGCGGGAUGAAGCAGCCACUCCGGGUGAGCAGACAGCAACGCCAGGCCGGGAUGAAGCAGCAACUCCGGCUGAGCAGAUCUCAACACCCACCCCUAUGGAAACCAAUGAGUAGAUUACAGUUGUGUCCAUAAUAUUGUACAGAAACAGUGCAGUUGAGGCCACUGAAUAGUUUGUCAUAGCUGACCAAUUUUCCUGUAGGAAAGUGUUCCUCUUUUUGGUGAACAGUUAGAUGGUAAUUUUUUUAGCAUGUGAAUGAUGAUAGCAAACACCCUUGUGCAGAUGUUAAUAUUGUUCUGAUGAUUACAGCACAUAUGAUGUACCUAGCAAACUUUGCUCAUCAUUUUGUUUAAUCAUCAAUGGCACCUGGGUUUCAGACCUUGAUUGGACCACUGAUGCAAAAAUGGCAUCCUUGUGAUUAGAGUUUCAUGAAUCAGAUUGUGGCUUAUAUUCUGUUUAAUAGGUUACUAAGCAUUUCCGAGUUAUA